AUGUAAUAAAAAGCAAAAUAAUUCUUUGCCACCUAUGGUAAAUUGGGUAUAACCGUUUACUUUUCCAUCUGUUUAGCCAAUUAUGGGAUUGUUUACUUCGCAUUGAGAUAGGGAGUUGAUGUGAAAUAAAUUGGAUCAAAGUAGCAUUUUUCAUUUUACAUUAGGUUAGGAUUUGAUACCACUCAAGGAAAGUGGGAAAAGAUUGAAACAUAUGGUACACCAACAGCAGCGUACAUUAUAUAUAAACUCAUGGCCCCAAUCAAAUGGCCGAUAGUCAUAGGAACAACUGCCUUUUUAUGUAGGAAAGGAAGAAAAUGAAAG